AUGGCCCCCACGAUGAAGAUGAAGCUGAUCCGUCUCCUCCGCAAAACCCGAAAAGCCCUACAUCUCUCGCCACCAACCGCCGCCGAGUCGAAGCUGACAUGGCGCGCCGCCUCUCACUACAUCCCCAAGGAAAACCCCUCCAAGCCCCUCGGCGAAGACUCCCACUUCAUCUCCGCUAACCCUCCCAUCAUCGGCGUGGCCGACGGCGUCGGCGGCUGGUCGGCCCGCGGGGUCGACGCCGGCGAAUACGCCCGCGAGCUCAUGACCCACGCGGCCCGCGCCGUGGCCCGCGGCCCAAUCGGCCCGAAAAACAUCCUCCUAAAAGCCAACUCGAAGACGAAGUCGAGAGGCUCCUCCACGGCUUGCGUCGCGGCCCUCGACCGCCGGAAUAAUAUCCUCCGGGCGGCGAAUCUCGGGGACAGCGGCUUCGUGGUGGUACGUGGUGGCCGGAUCGCCUACGCCUCGCCGGUCCAAGUGCACGAGUUCAUCUGCCCGUACCAAAUGGGGGAAGGGAACGUCGGGCCCCAGCACGCCGACGAGUUGGUGGUCGGAGUCGAGGCCGGUGACGUGGUGGUCAUGGGGACCACUGGGCUCUUCGACAAUGUCUUCCAAUGGGACAUAGCGGCGGUGGUGGCUGAGUGCCUCGGGAAUGGUGAAGGCCCAGAGGCUGCAGCCCGCUGGCUGGCUGAGGUGGCGAGGCAGAAUUCGCUCGACUGGGAGCUCAUGAGCCCGUUGGAGUUUGCGGCUAUUGAGGCCAGCGUCGUGCAUACCGGGGGGAAUUAUGAUGAUGUCACCGUCGUAGUUGCUUAUGUUAAGUGA